CAGAGACAUCAUCGCAACCGGACAGACCUACCUCUGCGAAUUGGGUACAGUAUCCGUCGCAACGCCCGCAAUCCAGCCAGCCACUAUCACCGCCGCAUCGCGUUGUUCGCUGUGCUCCUGUAGUAAAAUCUACGCUUCAAGAGAAGAGCCAUCGUUUGCGCAGCCAAAACUGGCUUAUUCGCGCCCAAUUAACCAAGCUUAGGUUCUCGGCCGAACCCGACUUCAUCAACCAAGGUCAACCUAGACUUUGGACGAUGGACAGGCGGGACGCGAGCGGUACGGCUCGGCUCCUCUAUUAGCCUUGCAACCUGCAGUCAGUGGAGGUCGACCCCAUCAGCCAGAUCCGCUCCCAUGGCGCAUUGCUAGCCCAAAGAGACAGGAGAGAGCAACAAAGAAGAAAAUUGUUAUCCCAAUCCAACCCGCCAACGCAAACUGUUCUUGGCAGUGUUGUCCUCACAGCUACAGUACUGAACCUCUCUGUUCAAGAUCACCCUACAAAUUUACCCAACAGAACUCGCGCACUCCAACCAUACAUUCUAUACAGUCAGCGGAGAAUGCAUGUCAUUCGAAGUUGCUGGAUGGAGGUUUGCCAAUCAGCAAUCAGCAACAGUCUCGUACGUUAGCCCCCAUCAAGUCCUCCUGCAACAGACGAGAUCAUAGCAUUGCUCUAUGCCUGGGCAUCAAAUUCAGCAUUGGCCACUCAAGACCUACUGUACAAUGCGCUUUUGCCAGCAGUCGGUCAUCAGUUUACAGGGGGCAUCGGUAGCUCCAUUUACAGGGAGCGGGAAGCGCACACACACGCACACACACAUUGCACAUUCACAGGCACGUCUGCGCCCUCGUUGGGCGAUCCCAAUGCAUCAGCUGCAAGAGCAAGGAUCGCACAGUGCAUCAGCCACCACCUUUAACCCCAUGAACGGCUUUUGCUCUGCUUGAAUGUGUGGAGUCUGAAAGCGCAUGUCAGCACAACUUAGUCAGGCAAAGAGGAACAUGAUUCAAAAACAGAAUCAUGAGCCCAUAGAGAUGUUGGCAAUUGUCACACUGUUAAGCAUAACGCGAAUGAGUCCAGGAGCUGGUAGCUGACAUAUGUCGCCCCAGCACGAAGAAACAAGAAAGCGGCUAGCUAGAGUUUCCAGCAAACCCUGUUGAGUAUGCCAGUGCUUUCCUGGAGGUUGGCAAGCCGUUCCCACCCCCUCAGCCUUGCACAUAUAGAAGAACCUUCAAAUACGGUACAGGAAAAGCAUACAUACCUUACCUUAGAUAGUCAUGGAUGCGGAUCGUUACGUAGCUCAUUGGACCUGCAGGCGCAACAUUAUCUCGCGUUUCGACCAUGUGUUCAGAAGCAAUUAUAGAUUUCUCGGGGAAACUACACUAGUUAGUUUCUCAUUCCUGUACGGCACAAGGCCAGCAUGUUUGUUUGUUCAUGCUGCCAAAGACUCGACAACGUUUUUCUUGCCACUUCAUGUCUCAGAACUGCAGAAACCCCCCGCAUCGGCAAUCCACGAAGCGUCUCGCCCAUCAAAGAAGAAACCGCCCAUGGCCAUUAUCACUACAUCCCUGGCACGGUUCAACUUUCUAGUCAGCGAUUCGAUGUUAGUGGGACCGGUCCGCACUGUCCUCAAGCUCCCAGAUGACACAGACUGCCGGACUGACGCCCCCACGCUUAUUGCUUUCGUUUAGGAUACAGCACCGAGCCUGGAGUCAGGCUUAGCAUUGAUGCAAUAAAUAUUACUUGUCGCCAGCAGCGGAAGCUUCAACGUCAUGGGCCUUCCCGUCGAUCCUGUGUCCAUUCCUUCUGGAAACUCUACUUUGCGAGGAUGCUUUGAUUGGUCGUGUUCCUCUUAAGCUUCAUCGCGAGGCUAAUCUUGACCACAUAAGGACAGCAGGUAGUAUCGAAGAACCACCAUGAUGUACAUAAACAGGUAGUUUCACAACGGAGCAUCAGUCCACGGAUCAGCAAAUGCCGUGAUGCGGCUCGGCUUGCUUGCCAACCUAGCGAGCACCUAAAACGUACCCCAAGAUUGAUCUCUGACUGUUCAAUCUGGCUUCAACUCGCCACACGUAUAUCUUCUCUCCCUGAGCAUUGCCAAUACUGCUGCUUCUGAUUCCACCUUACGAACACCUCUGCAUCAGCAAGUUAUUCUCAUGUGCAAGUGACCGUCGGCGAGCUAAAGAUCAGGCUUUGCAAGGUCCUCAACACUCUUCAGGUCACAACAGACGCAUUCUCGACGCAUUUACACAGAGCAAAGCUAGAACUUUUGCAUGUCUAGCCAGUCAAGUUUCUAUGACCUGCUCACCUCCACGGCGGUCCAGAAAUGCACCAUACGGAUUGUGCGGGAAUAUCGGGUUGGACUCCGCGCCCCAUUCCUCAUCUCCUACAUGUGAUCCCUGUCUUGCUUCAGAUGGGAAGAGUGAAAGAGAAUAUUGACAUUUAAACCUCAAAAGACAUUUAUCAGGCGAGUCAGGCGUCUCAUCACGGGCCUGCAGCAUCGCCCCCAGCAUCUGUUGAUCCGGCCAAAUUUGGGCUGUCUCCGCGCUUAACAGGGGCGUCGGUUCACUCACUAUACUCAAGCACGUGUCUGGCUACUACUCAUCGUUACCAGACAUGAACUUUAGUCAUUUGCGAGUUUUGAACUAGGCGUCUUGUGGUUAUAGUCCUAAUGACAAGUCGACAUUCAGCGGAGAUUUGGGUCCAGUUCUCUUUCAAAGCAACGUCAACGACGUAUCAGGUCCGUAUGUAACUGGACUGAAUUGCGACGGAAACCAUACCAGUCGGCCAUAUCCUGACUUCAACCUUGACUGGCAAAAGAAAGCAUAUCUGUGUAUUCAAGAUUGACUUUGUUGCCCCCCAGCUCGACAGAAAAAUUCAUUUGGGGCUUUACGAUGACAUAUAUUGCCACUACCACGUCCACAGCAGAAUCAUCAGUUGGAUAACACAAAGUGCCCUUGGCUUGGCGCGCAACGAAACUAGCCGCGCUAGAUCCAAGGCUCCGACAGCGACGUUCUUUGAUGCCGGAGAGACGGCUCCGGAGCCUUAUCUUGAAGCCUGGAGGUUAACAUGAUUGACAUUGGCUGGCAAAGCUUUUAAGCCGAUAGAAUAUUUAGUCAAUUGCGGUUCAGGAUCCCUUACUGAUUCCUGCUGCUCUUUUUAACGCACUGACGCUUGACCAUCUCGAGAGAGAACUUCUCUCGGCGGUGUUACCGGUAUUACAUAGCUGUUACCGUUUUUUCGCCAACAUAAUUCUCCGUGUUGCACGCA